AUGGGCAUGGCUGAGAAGAGCUCGGCGACGAGGAAGGCCGGGCUGAUUACCAAGACGCUGGACAGGUGCUGGAGCACACCAAUGAGGAACAAGCCCGCAGAGGGCUGUUUCUCUGUCUACGUCGGUGCUGGGAGGCAGCGGUUCGUGGUGCGGACAGUGUGUGUGAACCACCCGCUGUUCCGGGCGCUGCUCGAGGAGGCCGAGGAGGUGUUUGGGUAUGCGGCCGCAGGGCCCCUCGAGCUACCCUGCAACUCCGAGAUGUUUGCCGGGGUGUUGGAGCAGAUCGAGGAGGAGAAGCAGAUGGCGGGACGAAGGAGUUCUGAUUAUCAGAGAGGAAGCUGCAAAGCCCCGAAGCGAGGCGGCAAGGCCCCGGUGCCGGCGAAGAAGAAGGCGGCGGACCUCCACCGGUUCGUCAAGUGGCCCAAGGUCGUCCGCAUUCAGCGCCAGCGCCGCAUCCUCAAGCAGCGCCUCAAGGUGCCCCCGGCGCUCCACCAGUUCACCCGCACCCUCGACAAGAACCUCGCCACCAACCUGUUUAAGAUGCUUCUCAAGUACCGCCCUGAGGACAAGGUGGCUAAGAAGGAGAGGCUUCUGAAGAGGGCCCAGGCUGAGGCUGAGGGGAAAACCGUUGAGGCCAAGAAGCCAAUUGUUGUGAAGUAUGGUCUUAACCAUGUCACUUACCUCAUCGAGCAGAGCAAGGCUCAGCUGGUCGUCAUCGCUCAUGAUGUUGACCCAAUUGAGCUGGUUGUGUGGCUCCCAGCCCUGUGCAGGAAGAUGGAGAUCGUUCACAAGAAGACUGCCUCAGUUCUGUGCCUUACCACUGUGAAGAACGAGGACAAGCUUGAGUUCAGCAAGAUCUUGGAGGCUAUCAAGGCUAACUUCAAUGACAAGUUCGACGAGGUCAGGAAGAAGUGGGGCGGUGGUGUCAUGGGCUCCAAGUCGCAGGCCAAGACCAAGGCCAGGGAAAGGCUCAUCGCCAAGGAGGCUGCGCAGAGGAUGAACUAA